GGUUAUUCAUUAUUCUCUCUUCAGAUUCUUUUCCUUCUUUCUCUGCUAAGGGAAAUCACCCCCUACCCCCACAAUCAAUCCUUUUUGUGUUGGUUUUAGUUAAAAUAGAUGGCCAAGUCCACUUCAAUUUUUUGUGUCUCUCAAGAUUCAAACAACAAUAACAACCAUGGUAUAUAUUUAUGUAUCCCUUAGAAUAGAUACUACAAGGCCUAAGGAAAUCAGCGCAGCAGUUGCUCCGUUCCUUAGAUUUUAUAUGAAGGGUUUUUUUUAAAAAAAAAAAAUCUUCUAUUACAAAUAAAUUAAUUAUAUAGUUUUCAUCCUUGCAUUUUCUUUUUUCUCUUUUCGCCAGCUUCUUAAACAAAAUUUUAAUCAUUUUUAUUGAACUAAAUAAGACUGUACCCAUCGUGUUUGAAUUUGGUAGACUUCCACCCGUAUAAUUGUUUUAAUGAGUUGUUUAUAAAGGAUUUUUUUUUUAAUGAAAAAGAAACUAAUGAAUUAAUUUACCAAGUAUGGAAUGAAUUUUGGUGGUGCAGGGGGAAUAGAAGGGAAUGAUGAACCGAGCGCUCUACAAAAGCAUGUUAUGUUCUUCGAUAGUAACAACGAUGGCUUUAUUUAUCCUUGGGAAACUUUCAAAGGUUUUCGUGCAAUUGGAUGUGGGAUUCUGUUGUCGGGCUUUGCCGCAAUUUUUAUUCAUCUGAGUCUCAGUAGCAAAACUAGAAGCGAUAAGGGUUUCACUCUUCGGUUCCCAAUUGAAGUGAAAAACAUCAAGAAAGCCAAGCAUGGGAGUGAUUCUGGCGUUUACGACACCCAAGGAAGGUUCGUUGCAACAAAGUUUGAGCAGAUGUUUAAACAGCAUGCUCACACAAAUCCAAAUGCCUUAACCGCACAAGAGUUGAAUGAAUUACUCAAGGCAAACCGGCAACCUAAGGACUUUGGCGGGUGGAUUGCAGCCUACAUUGAAUGGAAAAUUCUGUACAAGGUGGGAAAGGAUAAACAAGGAUUACUACCUAAGGAAACUGUCAAAGCGGUUUAUGAUGGAAGCCUGUUUGGAAAAAUGGCAAAGGAGAAGGCUUUAAGCACUACUUAUUAAUGCAAAAAAAUUAAAAUGGACGUAUACUUCAAUUUCUCUAUUUACAUAAAAUAUAAAUUAUUUCAAUUAGUUGUACCUAUAAGGUUAUACUGUACGUAAUAAGAACCAUAUUGCUAAAGUAAAUGUGAUAUAAGCCUUUGUUGGCUCUUUAUAAUCAAUGGUCAUUCAUUCAUUUACAUUGUUAAUUUAGGUUUGAAGUUGGAGGUAUAUAUACUACCAUUCGCUUCUCUUUUUAUUCGUUCAUCUUUGUAUUUAUUAAUAAAAAAACAACAAAAUAUGCGUGGGAAAGUUUUCUUUGAUCUGGAAUUCAG